AUGUAUUCUAGUGACGUUCCUCCCGCUCCUGUUAAGAUCGUUGAUACGUUCGAAACAAAGAUGUCCAGCAUAAUUCAAACCUAUAUACUGUCAGCAGCGGCAAUAGUAACAAUACCGGUCUACAUUCGGAUAUUGGUUAUUCUUAUAAGAAGUAGAAAGCGUGAACGUUUCGUCAGCCAAUUCUACACUAUCUCCAUAUCACAUGCAUUGAUUGAUAUAAUUGGUUUCUUCUGCUACUACACAGCUUUCAACAUGCGCGGAUUUGAUAUAUUCAAACCAUUUUUUUGGUCACUUAAUAAUACAAUAUUUGUACAAUAUACAUACAUGCAAACAUAUUUCUUUCUCUAUGCUCGCAUAAUUGGAAUUAUACUGAUUUCUGUUCAACGUUGUCUAACAGUUUCCUUUCCAAGUUCAAUAUUUAACUAUUAUCUUCGACAACUUCCUUGGUGGUCAUUUUUUGUUAUCCAAUGGAUAAUACCAAUUCCACUAUGUCUUCCAAUGUUCUUAGUACGAAUGGAAUUCAGUGAUCCGAUUGUUCUUAGUCACAACAUAGCUGAGAAAGAUUUAGAUAUGCAUUACAUACGAUCAGCCAUUGUACCUCUAUUGGCAAUGAUCAUUUGCUGUAUCUGCUAUGGAUGCAUCAUAUAUACUUUUCGUCAAAACCGCUUUCACAAUGCUAAAAAGACUCGACGAGAAAUCAAACUUUGCUUACAAGUCAUUGGCUUACAGUUAGGGCUACUGUUUAUAACAACUCACUUUGUUCUUCAAACAUUAUUCGUGCAUAUAGGGGCAACAUCAAGUAUAAUAGCGAUGCGAUCAUUCUUACCUUUAUGGGUGGGAUUCCUGACAUUCAUUAAUCCAUGGAUGAUGAUACUUGUCAAUCAAGAUGUUCGAAGUCAACUACGAACAACAAAGCCAUCUGAGAACUCCGUUUUCCAAGUAAGAAACACUGCAAGUGGUGUCGGCAUUAGCUCAUCACGCUGA